AUCCGCACCACUCCCCCUGCUCCAUCCCCAGCCCGAAGCCAACGUGGCGGCUCCGGACCCCCCUUCCCAACCCCCUCCUGCCCGGGGCGUGUCCCCCCCGCCCCCCUGCCCGCCCCGCUCCCAGCUCGCCGGGGUUGGGAUGCGAGCGCUGGGGCCGCCGGGCUCGCUGGCUUUGGGGGUGCUGAUGUCUCUCCUGUGUCCCCCCCCGGCCCCGGCUGAGACCUACUCGGCCAUGGCCAGCGUCCGCGGGGCGCUGGGCACCGAGGGUCGCCUGCUGCGCCGGCUGCGAACCUACCUGGGGCAGGAGAACGCCCGGCUGCAGCGCCUGGCCAGGUUUUAUGAGAGGAUCAAGGCCCUGCACCAGGACCCCCAGGCCUCAGUGGACAACCCCUUGCUGGCCUUCAGCCUCAUCAAACGACUUCAUGCUGACUGGCCCAACGUGGUCUACAGCGAGGAGGCCUCUGAGAACAUCCAGGCGCUGCAGGAGGCUUUCCAGGAGGUGGAGGAGGAGCUGCCAGGAGCCGAGGACCUGACCGGGGCCGCCCGGGGGCUGAUGAGGCUGCAGGACGUCUACGGCUUGAGCGUCAAGGCCAUGGCCAGGGGCAGCCUGCAGCCGGCGGCCCCGGGCUGGCCUCCCCUCGCCCGCCCCGGCCCUCCCUUCCCCCUCUCUGCUGCUGACUGCUUCCACGUGGGAAAGGUGGCCUACGACACAGGGGACUUCUACCACUCCAUCCCCUGGCUGGAGGAGGCCGCUGGCCUCUUCCGCCUCUCCCACGGCAGGCGGCGCCCGGAGGACGGCAGCAGCCUGCAGGCUGCCCUGGACCACCUCGCCUUCUCCUACUUCAUGGCUGGAAACAUCUCCCAGGCCUUGAGCCUCUCCAAGGAGCUCCUCCUCUAUGAGCCCAGCAACCAAAGGGUGGUGAGGAACGUGGCCAAGUACCAGGAGCUGCUGGAGGUGGGGCUGGAGGCCAAGGCUGGGCCCCUGGCACGGCCCAACGGGACCCAGCUGCGGAGCCGCGAUGCCUACGAGCAGCUGUGCCAGCGCCCGGGGGGGCAGCCCUACCUGGGCACUCCCUCAGGGCUCAGCUGCUCCUAUGAGACCAACGGCAGCCCCUACCUGCUCCUCCAGCCGGCCAAGAAGGAGGUGGUGCAGGUCCAGCCCUACCUUGUCCUCUACCACGACUUCAUCACUGACCUGGAGGCUGAGACCAUCAAGGGCUUGGCAGGGCCUUGGCUGCAGAGGUCUGUGGUGGCUUCUGGGGAGCAGCAGCAGAAAGCUGAGUACAGGAUCAGCAAGAGCGCCUGGCUGAGGGCCGCGGCGGCGCCGGCGCUGGGGGCCCUGGAGCGCAGGAUGGCAGCGCUGACCGGCCUGGACCUGAGGCCGCCCUACGCCGAGCACCUCCAGGUGGUCAACUACGGCCUGGGAGGGCACUACGAGCCCCACUUCGACCACGCCACGUCCAUGAAGAGUCCUCUGUACAGGAUGAAGUCAGGCAACAGGAUUGCCACCCUCAUGAUCUACCUGAGUGCAGUGCAGGCUGGGGGCUCCACAGCCUUCAUCUAUGCCAACCUCAGUGUGCCUGUGGUGAAGAACGCAGCUCUCUUCUGGUGGAACCUGCGCCGCAGCGGGGCGGGGGAUGGGGACACUCUGCACGCCGCCUGCCCUGUCCUGGCUGGGGACAAGUGGGUGGCCAACAAAUGGAUCCAUGAGCACGGGCAGGAGUUCCGGAGGCCCUGCGGCGCUGACCCGCGGGACUGAGCCCACCCACGGGGCACAGAG